AUGGUGAAAAGCGGAAGAGGAGGCACUAAGAGAAAGAUCGAUAAGAUGGAAAAGAUCCCGAAGAGAGAGUAUCGCGCGACUACUUUCUCCAAACGCUGUUCCGGACUCCACAGCAAAGCCGCGCAGCUCUGUCUACUCGCCGACGCGCAAAUAGCCAUCUUGGCCACUCCUCCUUCUUCGCAGUCCAACGUCUCUUUCUUCUCCUUUGGUCACUCUUCCGUGGAUGCCGUCGUGAAUGCUUAUCUCACGGGACAGCGUCUCGCUCCUGUUCGGGAAGAGCCGAUGGAGGAGGACAUUGGUGUAUUGAUGGCUCGCAAGGAACUAGGGUUAGAGCUGUGGUGGGAGAAGGAGAGUCUUUGUGAAUCGAAGGAUCCUCGAGAGUUGAUGGACGCUGUCAAGGCCAUGGAGAGGAUGUUGAGUAAACUGCGUUCUGGAGACUUUGUUAGUGAUGAAGAAGACCUGAUCAAGAGCAACGUCGUUUUACACCAAGGAACUCAAGAACCGGAUGAUGAUUUACCUCAUGAGGGUUUUGACAAGACCAGUGAAGAGCAAGAUCAGAUACUCGCUAUUUGUGAUAGUUUCUGUGCCACGGACAAAAACAUAAACGGUUUAAGUGGAGGCUUGGAUGUGUACAAUCAAGAGAUGGAUAUUGAUGAACUGAUAGAUUGGACGACUUUUGAAAGUUCAGUAUUCGAUGAUGGUGUCUUGGAUAGUACUCAAGAGCUUGCAGGAAUAAAUUCAACGAACUUUGAAGCUGCUGCUCAUGAUGUCUCCACGAAUCCAAAUCCUCCCAUCUAUAACUACUAUCAUGAAGGUGUUGAAGACGAAGCUUUGGUGUUUCAGAACAAAGCUGCUAAUGAUGUUUCAGAACAAAGCUGCUAA